AUGGCAUCACUUUCGAAGUCCUUCUUCGCCGUCGUGGCUGGCGUAGGCGCUGGCACAGGCGGUGCAAUAGUAUUGCUGACAAAAGAACAAAAGGUCGCAAAGCGUUUCGCGAAAGCCUACCCGGUGGUCCUGCUCGCCCGGAGGGAGGAGAGCUUCAAGGACCUUGUGACCGAGAUCAACGGCAGCGGAGGCCGGGCAAUCGGUAUUCCAACUGAUGCCACAGACGCGGAGUCCGUGAAGUCGGCGUUUGACACCAUCAAGAAGGAGCUGCCUGACCUGAAGCUGGCCGCCGCCAUCUACAACGUGUCGGCGGGCUUCGGAAUCAAGCCAUUCCUGGAGUUCAAGCUCGAGGACCUGGACAGCAGCCUCAGGGGUAACGCCCAUGGCCUUUUCCACUUCGCCCAGAACACCCUCCCCUUGCUUCUCGAGUCGGUCGACUCGUCUCCGCACCCGCCGUCCCUGAUCGUCACGGGCGCCACGGCCUCCAUCAGGGGCAGCGCAAAGUUCACCAACUUUGCCGCGGGCAAGUUCGCCGCGAGGGCCAUCACGCAGUCGCUGGCCAGGGAGUUUGGCCCUCGCGGCGUUCACGUCGCGCACGCCAUUAUCGACGGCGGCAUCGACAUCCCCCGCUUGGCCGAGCACAAGCACAAGUUCAACAACGGCGCCCCCGACGGGCUCAUCUCGCCUGAUUCGAUUGCGGAGGAUUACUGGCACUUGCACACGCAGCAUCGGUCGGCCUUCACUCAGGAGUUAGACUUGAGGCCCUAUGUGGAGAAGUUUUAG